CGAAGGCAGACGAAGAAUGGAGAGAGCCGCUCGGCUGUUCUAGCUUGAGACAACAGCAACAACGGGCAGCACAGAAAAUCUCCCCAUCACAGUCGGCGUUUUUGUCUGCGUUUUUCGUCGCGAAAAACAACAAGCUGUGUCCCGACUGUCUGGAUUUCCCACAGUGAAGGUCUUUCACCUUCUCCUUCCUGUGACAAAUGUCGAGGCCUAACAUCUCUUAGAGGUGAGGGUGAGGCCAGGUCGGAGUGUCGGUCAGCUGCAUCAAGUUUUGUCCCAUGAGAGUGACUGUACCAUCCAGGCACCUCCAGUGACCAGGGCUGUGGCUGUGGUGGGCCCGGCCCAGGAGGCCUUUUUGUACAUCACUCCAGGCUCCCGCUGACCUGUGCUGCUCUCACCAUGGAUCAGCAAAGAGACAAGUAUGGCGACCGACAAAGGAGCGCUAAAGUGUCCCAGGGAGGCCGCAGCGGACACCCGUCGCGGCCAUCUGGCUCCUCCAGCUCCUCUGGGGUUCUCAUGGUGGGGCCAAAUUUUCGUGUGGGCAAGAAGAUCGGUUGUGGAAACUUUGGCGAAUUGAAGCUUGGAAAAAAUCUCUACACAAAUGAGUAUGUAGCUAUUAAACUGGAACCAGUGAAGUCGAGGGCACCACAGCUGCAUUUAGAGUACCGGUUCUACAAAACACUGGGAACUGCAGCAGAAGGUGUGCCUCAGGUGUUUUACUUUGGGCCCUGUGGGAAGUACAAUGCCAUGGUACUGGAGCUGCUCGGCCCAAGUCUCGAAGACCUCUUUGACCUGUGCGACCGGACCUUUUCACUGAAGACCGUGUUAAUGAUAGCAAUUCAGCUGAUUUCACGAAUGGAGUAUGUGCACUCUAAAAAUCUUAUCUAUAGAGAUGUAAAGCCCGAAAACUUUCUCAUUGGACGGCAAGGAAAUAAAAAGGAACACAUCAUUCACAUCAUUGACUUUGGCCUGGCCAAAGAGUACAUCGACCCCGAGACCAAAAAACACAUUCCCUACCGGGAGCACAAGAGCUUGACUGGUACUGCGCGAUAUAUGUCCAUCAAUACACACUUAGGCAAAGAGCAAAGUCGGCGAGAUGACCUGGAGGCUCUGGGCCACAUGUUCAUGUAUUUUCUUCGUGGGAGUCUACCUUGGCAAGGGCUAAAGGCUGACACACUGAAAGAACGAUACCAGAAGAUUGGAGACACAAAACGAAACACUCCCAUCGAGGUCCUCUGUGAGAACUUUCCAGAGGAGAUGGCCACCUACUUGCGAUAUGUGAGGCGGUUGGACUUCUUUGAAAAGCCAGACUAUGAAUAUUUGAGGACUUUGUUCACGGAACUGUUUGAGAGAAAAGGAUACACCUUUGACUACACCUACGACUGGGUUGGCAGGCAGAUUCCCACACCGGUGGGGUCUGUCCAUAUAGACUCUGGAGCAUCUGCAGUCACGAGAGAGAGCCAUCCUCACAGAGACCGACCCUCACAGCACCCACCAAUCAGAAACCAGACAGCAGCCUCAGAUCGACGAGGAGCAUGGGAGGUGCAGCCCGCACGCCAAGCAAACUCCUCCUAUCUGACCUCCCACCUGACAGCGGACAGGCACGGGGGCUCAGUGCAGGUGGUAAGCUCAACCAACGGGGAACUGAAUGCAGACGAUCCGCUGGCUGUUCAUUCCAACGCCCCAAUUACAGCUCCGCCAGAGGAGCAUCCGCCCGACGAGGCCAAGUGUUGCUGUUUCUUCAAGCGGAAACGGAAGAAGAACACGCCACGGCACAAAUGAUCACACAGCACCAGCCUGAAACGUUCCAACUGUUCGGCUCAGUCGAUUGUGAUUUUAUUAGAAAUCAGUAAGGUCCCGUUCAGAAUAGAAGAGGGAGUCAUCUGAGAGAUCUUGAUUGAAUUGUUCUCCGUUUUUUGGACAAGUUUAAAAACGGUUUGCUGAGAUGUACAAGAUGCUUGUGUCUUCUCGUGGGAUUUUUUUUUUUUCGUCCUUCUUCUUCGCCCUCCACCCCUCUGUCAAGCUGUGCCGGGUUGUGUUGCAGGUCAGUCGGCCAAAUGGGAAAAACCUUUCUGAUGGAAUUUUGCAGAGGAUAAUCUUUUUCUUUUUUUUUUUUUUUCCUUCCUCCGCCAAGACUCCCAACAUCAGUAUUUUUUUUUUCUCUUUUUUCUCCUGAAGAGGAAGAGAUGGCACCUCCUGUGGAAACUUGGUUCAUUACGAGUCCUGCUUGACUCAUAAAAUCAUUAACUUCAGUUCCCUUCUAAUCUCCUAAAUGCAUCCCGCCCUCAGUUUGCAAACUCAUUAUGACACAAAGCCCUUUAUGAUGAUUCCUGAUGUAGGAACUGAAUGUAACACAAGAAGAGCCAAGAGUGUAACCGCCUAUCGUCACAUACAGGCACAAAGAGCAUCAGUCUGCCAUUUGGCCUCUGCACGUUUUUUUUGUUAUUGUUGUUGUUGUUUUCUUUUCCCCCCGUCCUCCAAAGAGGUCAACCCUGGGACUGGGACCGGGGCCUGAGACAUCAGAAAACAGAGACACCUCGUGUACAGUGUUCUCUGAGGAUGAUUUCUGCUCAUGCUGCUUGGUUAAAGCGCUCCCCUUAACCUCGCUGCUGUCAAAACACACUACAGUCUCUUUGGACUCUCCUGCAGUUUUUGCUCCUAGCCUUCGCUGAGCAGCAACAUGACACUUGUAGAUGCAGGGGAGUGAGAAAACAAAUGCUAUUUAUGCUAUUUAUCUCGGUUUCCACCAGUUUUUCCUACUAAUUCUUACACAUACGCACUGAAUGUAUGGACAGUAAAAUAAAUGACUUUAAAGCAUUUAUAUAAUCUGUCACGUGCACGGGAAAGAAAUUGCAGUUGGGGAGUUGAGACCAAUGUUUAAAAAAAAAAAAAAAGGAAAAAAAAGGUGACCAACUAGGUGGGAGGGUCUGAAAUGUUGAUCUUGUAGACAUUGGGGGAUGCUUUGGAAUAACAUGAGGAAAAAGUGAUGUGAGGCGCUUUUGGGGAAUCACAGCCUCUGAAACGCUUCUGUCCAAUGCCUUAACCCCCCGACCAACCUACUGACCGACCAACCGACCGCAGUCACAUCACCAGUUGGAUGACACGUUGGCGGCAUAGUUGAUGUGAGAUUUCAGUGUCUUUUUUUUUCUUUUCUUUUUCCCGUCCCCUCCCCUUUUGGGUAUCCUGUGUAAUAAAGAGUUGCAGACUGUUCCCAGCUAGUGUGAGAGCAGUUAAUGACUUCCCCUUUGUUGACACACUGAAGAUGUAUUCCCAAGAAAGUGAUGCCAAAUGGAACGUUUUGGUGUAAUGAUGUGUAACGGUGUUACAGAUGUCCCCCAGAUGUCCCCCGCCCCCCAGUUACCCUUGUGCGUACCAGUGUGAAGACCCCACGUGCUGCAAAGUGGUGUGUGACAUUUGGACGACUGCUGAACCCCCUUCUCCUUGUCAGCACGGGGAGAGGAGAAAAAAGAGAGGGCGGAGAAGUGAACCUGUCUGUACCAUUCUCAAUCUUUAUUUAGUGUCACAGAGGACUGCCUUGAAACAAAAUCCUCAGUACGUCACCUUGCCUAUCCUCCUAACAGAAUGAAUUACCAUAUGUGUGUUCUUUUUCUUUUAAAUUUUACAUCUUAUGCUAAUGUGAAUUUGUUGAAUGCAAUUUUUUUUCUUUUUUUUUCAUUCCAAAUAGCCAUGUUUUUAUGGGGAAAGAGAGGUUAAACAAACAAACAAACAAAAAACAAGCUUGAGACCAUGACUGCACUACAUUUGUUGACCCCGGCUUUCCCUGACGAGACCUUGCCUUCUUAAUACUGUACUUUAAAUGUGCUUAUUACUUUAAUUGUAGCUGCCUCGUGUGCUAGGCCUUCCCUAUAGGGUGCAGGGAAUACACACACACACACACACACACACACACACACACACACACACACACACACACACACACACACACACACACACACACACACACACACACACUCUCUCUCUCUUCUGUUUUUUGCCCCACCCACUUUUUUGUUUGUGUGUGUGUGCCAUGACAGCUUCCAUUCACUCCAUUUCCCUCUGUCCACACACACACACACACUCAUUCAUCCAAGACCAAGAUGAGUGGAGUUUCAGGUUUGUCUCCAUCAUCUUUAGAAAUAUGAUGUUGUAGAUGUUGCAGAUUUUUCUCAAUGAAUCAGUAUGUAAACCUGCUUGUUAUAUGUAUUUACACUGUAUAGCUUCCAGUUUAUUUUAUUUUUUUUAACCCCUGACACGUUGGUUACUCUGGGGUCUAAGUUAUUGUGUUAUUGAAAGUACUUGAAUUUGAAAAUCUACGGGACCUUUUCUUCUUUUCUUUUUUUACCCCUUUUCUUUUCUCGGGCGUUACCAUAGUAAUUCCACACAUAGGAUUUGAGGGGAACGGUGGGAAAACCAGGCUAUCCGAAUGACAGGUAUUCAUGUCUCUGAUAUGUCUUAAUGCCUCUUAAAGUUUAUUUUUUUCCCAGACAAACACGUGAUGUCAGCUGCCUGCGAUUGCCCCUGCUUUCAUCAGCAGCGGCUCGGCCAUUUCAUUCCAGCUGCCUGAGGAAAAAACUCAAAGUAUUCUGAUAUGGAUAUCCAGACUGUAGCCUUCAGUCUUUCCCCCCCAUGGAUUUCCCUGAGUGCCAUUUCCUGAGACUACUACUAGCCCAUGCCUUUUACCUGUGCCAGGAAAAUAUGAAGUUGAAUGUUUUAUUAUUUUAGUUUUUUCUGUCUUUGGAUCAUUGCAUUCCACCUUGUGUCCUUGAAGGGGUCCGCUGUCAUUUUUGGGAAGAAUCCUCCAGCAAACGUGGCUCAGCGCAGCAAAGCGUUGCAGUGAAAGUGUUUCACGAGUCAUUCCCAUUAGUUUCUUUCAUUCACGAUGUCACUGGAGAGAAACCGGACACCAGGUUUAUUAUUCCCGAGUCGGAUGUUGUGACUGAUCAUCUUUGCGACAUUUUCUUCUUCCGUUAAAGCUUGCGGGUUGUCCAGCUCUUCAGCUCCCGGCUGAAAUGCUCGAUAUGUUACUCUGAUGUAUCCGCUUUUCUUGCUGUUGGCCUCAUGCAGAGUGGUAUAGGAGUGCUCUGUGUGAUUUGUAUCUGCAUGGCUUACCUGGAGACGAUCUCUCUCUCUCUCUCUGUCUCCAGCAAAUUUCCUCACCUGUAGGGCUCGUAUACUGUUGGGUCAGUGAGUCAGUUUUGGCUUCCAGGCCUCAUGUAAAAUACAUCAAACAUUUUCAUGUCUUCGUUCCUUUUCAGCGGCCAUUAUUUCUUACACAGUUCACUUCAGUCAGACUUUGGAUGUGUGUAACUUAGUCAAAGCAGAGGACGGUGUGAAGUGUGAAUGAACGGCUUCGGUCUCUUUGGGUUCUCUGGCACUUUUUCCUCGUUGCUGUACUGUAGACUUACUGUGUGUUGGAUUUACUGUAUUUUUUUUUUUUAUUUGAGGGAGAGGCCUUGGGUGACAUUUGCUACAAUAUUGUGAUGAUUAUUUGAACUGUAAAUUGUACAGAGUUCACAAUUGUAGUCUGUUUUCUGUUGGGAAUCCAUAUAAAAUCGCAUUCUCUGAUCAUUUUUUCCUUUUUUUUUUUUUUUUCCCUGACUGUGGAAAAUCAAAUUGUACAGCUCCAGAGUUUAUCCUCCUCCCUCGGCAGUUUUUUUUUUGUUGUUGUUGUUUUUUUUUUUUUUUUUUUUCUAGAGCCUAUGAUUAGGAGGAAUCUUAAAACUGUAAAUAGAUAUUAUUGUGCUGAAAUAUGAAUGUCACUUCAAAAAUGUAUUUGAAUGAGUUAGUCAAGGGCUUCAAGAAUGAAGGACCCACAUUUCUUUUUAUGGUUUCAUAUUUUUGAUUUGCAGAAAGGUAAAGGUCCUUUUUAUCUGAGAUGCCUAUGUUUUAUUUUGUUUUGUUUUUUUGUUUUUCUCCUUGGAUUCAUAUAAUACAAUGUGUCACACAUGAACCUUAUAAAAAUCACUUUUUAUUCCCUCCACACCUAAAGGGAAAACUCCAAUUUGCACCCUUUUUUAUGUAAAAUAAAAGAUCUCUCCACCUUGUG